CAACGUCACAAUGUUUACCCGGAAAUGAGAGACUGUUUCAAUCUGCGCCAGCAGCUGCCUUCGAAAUCUAUCAUUUACCAAUUUCUGACCUUUUUUAGUCCCGCAAAAAUGAUAAAUUACAGUAUAAUGUGACUGUAAACUACUGCCUCGGAAUGUACAGCGGACUCUUGCCAAAAGGUUUAACCGAAGACGACCUCAGUCCAGAUGACGAGGAGGACGAUGUUGAGGAGAAGAGGGAGAGAGGGAAGUGUGAGAGCUCUGCUGAAAAGUUGGGCUCAGCCGGGGAAGACACAGUCUCAGUGGUGGAGGCACAGCCGACUCACACUGCCAGUGGUGCAGACAGUGAUUCCCCGACAUGCAGUAUGCCUGGUAUAUCUCAGGAAAUGUGGCAAAAAUUCCAGGAUCUACGACAGAAGAAUGACGAAAUGAAGACAAUGAAAAUCCCCAGAAAAAGAAAAAGAAAAAGAAGACAUCACAAGAAAGGAACAGAGAGUGAGGAUCCGACAGAGACAAGCAGUGAGCAUCAGGAGGAGCGAGAGAAGCACUGGGAUGAGCUUAAGCAGCAUUUCGGUGUAAAUGAUCGAUUUCAUCCCCCUGCAUGUUCCAAACCCCCUCCGAAGUCCGGCCUAGAAAAGAGCAUAGAGAGGGCCAUAGCUGAAGGGGACAUUGCAAAGGCGGAGGAGAUGAGCGACAGACUCGCCACUCGAGAGCUGGCUGUGAAAAUCGCUCAAGCCGCUGAUUGCCGUGACUUUGUGCAACGCAAACAGGAAGAGGAAGCUUUGAGGGCAGCGCAGAAAAGGAAGAACCAAAUAGCCUGGGGGUUUGAGGCUAAAAGACGAUGGGAAACCAAAAGCAACAUGGGCUUCAUGUGACAAACACGAAGGAAAAGGAGAACGUGUGUUAUUUUUUUUUUUAAGUUAAUUUGAUAAAAGUAGUGUUUUUAUAGCGGACUGAUCCUGUUUUUCUUUAUUCCCUUUGUAUAUUUUGAAGACUUCUCAACAGCAGAGUGUGAGGGGGGGAAAGUCACACAGUUGGCUGAGGAAAAACCAAUCCAGAGAGUACAAGAGAGAGAGAAAAUUAUGGAGCAUUCAAAUUAAUUCCUAAGGCGCCCAUUGGUGUCUGCAUUGUGUUAUUUUUCAUUACAUUUCAGUGAUUUGAGCGUUCUGGCCUUUUUUUUCCCCCCUUCAAAUUAAAUCUGGUGUACAUUACUGGAUGAUGCAUUUAUUUAUUGCUGUAAAGUGGGUUAAUCAUGAAGGCGCUCCUUUCUUCUUCCGAGGAAGAGAAAGGGAAGAUUAGGGCCCUAAUGCAAUGUACAGGAUAAUGUGCGAUAGGAUUUGGGAGAAGAAAAUGAAAUUUGGCUGCUGUAAACAGUUGUGAGCAGUUGUAAACUGGAAGUUGAGUGAACGUUUUGGGGUUGGGGAGAUGAAGGGGGGGGGGGGGGGGGGGGGGG